GUUGCGGCAACUCUCCCCUUGCCACAGCGAACGCUCAUAAGGAUACAGGGUGUCCUACAUCUGACGAUGGGGAACAUCCCCAGCAUUUAUGCAGGGGAUUUUGAAGCACUGCAGCUGUUGGGGGUAUCUGCCACCGUGGUACGUCCUGAAAUGCCAGGUUCGACGACACCUGGCAUUGCCGUUGAAGGGGAAGCGGCCAUUGGCAUUGCAUCAGAUGGUGUGCCCACCUCCAAUGCUCCGACCUGUGGGACUUCAGGAAACAGAGAGGCUGGGGGUGCGGUGGACACGCAGGGCAGAUCCUCGGAUGGUGCACCGGGUGGGGGAGACGGAGUUGAGGGCGGAGGAGACGGCAUCCCUCCCCCACGAGGCCAAAAGCAUGGCAAGAAACGAGCUUCAGGACCUGAUCCUGAUAAAAGCAAGAAGAAAGUGACGACGAGAUGGGGGGACGAAGAGACAAACUGUAUCAUUGACGUGCAUGAAAAGGACAAGGACGCCAUCAACAUGGAUGAUAUAACUGAUCCAGGUGCUGAAACAGAGAUGAUGGUUGAUGACGGCGAACAAAUACAGCGUGCGAACAACAACAUUGAAGCGGACGAGGAGGCAGAGGAUGCGAAUGAGGAGGCAGAGGAUGCGGAUGAGGAGGCGGAGGAUGCGCGACAACGCCGUCCCAAGCUCGUGCACAUGCCACAAAUUCUAUGUGCCAUCAGAUUCUGGGCAGAAGUCCACAACCGAUCAGAGAGAUGUGUCAGGCAAGAAGAAGAGGGGUGUGCAGAAUGCCCGGGAGCAGACAAUGCAGGCGUUGUGCGGGGUGAUGUGAGAUCAUACUGCGGCACAGGUGCAGACAAGGGACAUCAUGUUGUACUGAGGGACAUACGAUUCAGCCGGCGAUUUCUGGCCGUUGAUUACGACACGUGGUCAGAUAGGAUGUCAACUGAAGAAUCUGUUGGGAUCACGUGUUAUGCAAAUGCUCUGCCUGGAUUUAAGGCCAUCCUCAAACAUAGGUACUCGGAUUUUCUUGUGAACGAGAUUGAUCCAGAUGGAGUUGUCGUCCACUUGUCAAGCCUGGACAGCAAGACUGCACACAAAGCUUCCGAUGUUACAACUAUGGCGAAGAUGGAUGAAGGUGGAGGGGAUGCACCACCUGUAAGGAUGAAGAUGGAUGGUGGAGGCAGUGGAGACUUGGCAGGGUUGGACAAGCAUGUGCAAGCUGGGCAAGCUUGCGCAACUGAAGGCAAUCGAGAGGGAAAGGAUGAGGAGGAAGCAGCCCUGACGAAGGGCGAUACGGCACUGGCGGAGGAAGAGACUGGAAAGGGGGUAGUAGAUAAAGUGCUCAAUCUCAAGGUGAAGGCGAUUGAUGGGAUGGAGAUCGAUAUUGAUCAGCAGUUAUCUGAUCUUAGCCUCAUCCUUGCCAACGAAGAGGAUAUGCGGUGCAUCCAGAAGUUGAUCGAGAAGGUUCUAGAAGGGAGCACGUCAGAUAUGGAGCCUAGCCUGUUGAAACCUGAUCCGGACAAAGAGCGGAGGACUAGGAUUCACAAGUUCUUUAAAGAGAAACUUCCUUUUUUGGUAACUGAUACUGUUGAUAUCGAUCAUUCGCAACCAACGCGGCCGAAAACCAUCAGAGUGCGGUACCGAUCUGGCAUCGGAUCCAGUCGUCGACGCACAUCGAACCAGAGUAAUGAUGAAACAGGAGAGAAGAAGAGGCAGAGAGGCGAUGUGGCAGGGAACACAAGUAGCAAACCUGCGAAAAAAGUGCGGAGGGAUGACUUUGACACCCGAGGUUGUGACGACUGGCCACCAAACCGGGGGAAAUUCCUAAGAUUUCACCUUUACAAGGAAAACAAGGACUUGCAGGAGGCUCUGUAUGUUGUCGGACAAAUGCUUCGAGUGCAGGGCAAGUCAUUUGGGUUCUCUGGCACCAAAGACAAGCGUGGGGUGACCGUCCAGAGGGUGACAGUCUUUAAGCAGACUGCUGAGAGGCUCGCGGCGCUGAACGCACGGUUAAGAGGCAUCCGGCUUGGUGACUUUGCGUAUGUAGACAAGGGUCUUCGCCUGGGAAUGCUCUCAGGAAAUCAGUUUAGAUUUGGGAGUCUCAAUAUUGCAACAUACUUGAUUGGUGCGGCUUUGCUAAGAGGGGAGUGGAAGGCUGCUGCAGAUCUUCUUCUUAAACCGCGCGAAGGUGAGAGCCCAGAGGUGUCCAGAGUAAGGCACAAGUAUGCUCAAGAUGGAGACAUAGAAGCAGCAUUAAGCCAAAUGCCGAGCAAUAUGGUUGCUGAGCGAGCACUGCUCUUGGGUCUUAAGAAAUCUCCAAAUAAUUUCCUAGAGGCCAUCAAAUGCAUUCCGAGGACCAUGCGGACCAUGUACGUGCACAGCUAUCAGAGUUUCUUGUGGAACCAUGCAGCAUCACACAGGAUCAACCGUUAUGGUGCCUCGGACGUAGUGGUAGGAGAUUUGGUGUAUGAGAGGUCGGGAGAAUCUCGUCCGUUGAAAUUGCCGUUAACGGGCAUAACUGCAGUGCACGGAGAGGAAGAAUCACAGGCUGCAGGCGUUUCUGCGCUUGCUGAUGAAGCGCCGGACAGUGCCAUGACUGAGCAGGAAACUGGCAUGCCUGCGGUGGCAAGAGGGCAUCUUAGGGAAAGCCAGAUUGCCCCACAUCACCCAGCAGGUUUUGGUGGUGACACAUCCGAGCAGCCAAGUAGUGUAUCCAAUGGAUCGCAUCUGAUGGGGGAUGAACAGAAGGAAGCUUUAACAGCAGAAAAAAUGUCAGGAGGAAAAGGAGAGGCUGCUGCUGACAAGAAGGGCGAGGUAGUGACAGGAGUCUCUGAAAAUUGUGCUGACAAGGAUUCCGUGGAGGGGAUUGAUGAAGGGCUUGCCGCCGAUGCAGUUGAUGAGGCUAGCCUUGAUUUUAUGAAAUCUUCACAGAACUUACGCGUCAAGCAUGUGACAGAGGAAGAUACGAUUCGAAGACUGUACACCAUUGAGGACGUGUUGCUUCCAUUGCCAGGGGCCUCGACGUUACUGCCUGCACAUGAGACAGCAGAUAUCUACACGGAGAUGUCAAAAAAGGAUGGAAUUAAUUUGACAAGCUCAAGUCAUAAAGUAAAGGAUUUCUCCAUAAUGCAUCUCGCGGGAGGGUAUCGGAAGCUCAUCCAGAAACCACAGGAGUUUUCUUGGGAGAUACUGAAGUAUGAGGACAUGAAUGACACUCUGGCGGAAACAGACUUGGACAGAAUCGCAAAGGCAGGAGGAGAGAGGGAGGAGGCGGGAUUGACGACCACCGAAGCAAAAGAGGGUCAAGUGCAAAACCUCAGCCAAGUAAAAAACAGCCCCAGUGGAGUGGAGGGAAGUAGGGAGCGAUCUCCACAGCUACAGGAUCCAGUCACAGCUGCAUCGGAGAGGAAAAUGGUCAGCAGCAAGGGCACUGCCUCUGUGAGGCAUGAGCCCGGCGCAGUGGAAACAGCUGUUUCAAGUCUGAGCACAAGGUUAGACCUGAGUGAAGAACCGGGUGAAGACACAGCAGGAAAGACGUCACGGGCACUCUGCGACGACGAAGGCGAUCGAAAAGGAGAGGGAAGCGGAAACGACAACAAGAAGGAAAGCAAUCUUGUGGACGAUUUGCAGAGCGAUGUGAAGAUGGGGGAGGCGGUUGAUGGAAAUCGUGAGAAUGGAGGAGAGCAGGAGUCGCUACUGCAGCAUCCGGCGCAGGUUGCGCAAGCUGAUGGCGAACCUGAACAGCGCAAUGAUGACAAGCCGGACAGGAUGAUCGGUUGCAGAGCAGUAGGAGAUGGUGCAGGGGAGAGAAACGAGGAUGGCGAAGGAGGCAACGGAGCUCCUCAGGGAGAUGGAGGUGAUGGAGUUGUUCCACAGAGACAAGAUGGUGCAGAGGAAAUGGGAGAUCAGCCAGGAGGGCAAGCAGAGGCAAAACCCGGGGGGAGCACAGCAGGAGAAGAAGGUAAUGAAGAGAUUGCUCACAAGGAAGCCGAGCAAUUGAAAAAGGGAGGGGAAGUAGGGAAACCGAGGUACACGGCACUGACACUGAGGAUGAAACUUCCCACAUCAGCAUAUGCGACCAUGAUGAUCAGAGAGCUCAUAAAAGGAUCAACAUCUGCCGAUUACCAUAAGAAGACUUAUGGGACAGAGAGAACGGUAUGGCAAAGGGGGGAAAGAGGGAGGGGCUUCUCCGGUGGGGGGGGGCGUGGCGGCGCACGGGGUGGAAGAACUCCAUUCGUUGACCAGAAGACGCAUGACAGCCAAGGAGGAGAAAGCGGAAGGGGCAGAGGAGGGCGCUUCCAUGGUGGACGGUUCCGUGGUGGUGGGCGGAGGGCAUUCCGUGGCAGAUCAUGAGGGAUAGCCACCAUCGUGAAACCUCUCUCUCUCUCUCUCUCUCUCUCUCUCUCUCUCUCUCUCUCUCUCUCUCUCUCUCUCUCUCUCUCUCUCUNACAAAACACAAGCUCCAUCUA